UGUCCGAAAUGCCAAAUACGAAAAACAGCCGUACCCAUACCAGUCGCACAAUCGGUGCAUUAAUUGGAAGGCCUUAUUACAUUAGUAUGCUUGCGACGCGACGGACUGGUCUGAUGCUUGGCGUGCGCAGAUUUUCACAUCCGCUCUCAUCAGCGACCAAUGUCGCUCACUCUGUAUCUUUUACGCUGGAAAACCUAAAACGCCACCAACCAUGAAACCAACCACUUUUUUGGAACUCUACAUUAGAUAUCGAUCAGAUGCGACCCCACAGUUAGUACGUCUUGUGCGUGCAAACCAAAAUGUUCCUAUUCCUGCUGUUGCUCAGUGCCGUUCUGGCGUAUUUCGCGAUUCGGGAUCAUCUCCGCAGGACUCAAGCGUUUGCCAAAGAUCUACCGGUGGUGGUUCCGGAAAAGUCGUUUCUUGGUGUGAAUUACACGCUGCUCGGUCUGAACGAUGUCGAGCGGUUCGAACUGGUGAACCGAAUUUUUCAGCAACAUGAUCGACUGUUUAAAAUGACAAUCGGUCCAAUGCUGAUCCUCGGUGUGAGCCAUCCAGAUCUGGUCCAGAAGGUUCUGUCGCAUCCUGACUGUUUGGAGAAGCCUUAUUUUUACGAUUUCGUCAAGUACGAUCAGGGCAUUUUCUCGGCAAAGUUCAAACUGUGGAAGAGUCAACGGAAAGCGCUGAACCCGACCUUCAAUCUCCGGAUCUUGCAUAGUUUUGUGCCUAUUUUCGAGAAAUGUAGCGAGAAGCUGGUCAGCGAGCUGGAAAAGUGCAAGGACGGCGAAACGGUGAACAUGUUCAAAUACACAUCACGAUGUGCACUGGAGAUGGUUUGUGGAACAACGCUCGGAAGUGACGUCCUGCAGAGGGACGGGAAGGAAGUGUUCCUGUCUGCACUGGAAGAAAUGUUCCUGUGCGUGUCAAGACGGAUGCUUAGUAUGCACUUGUACUCGGAUCUCAUUUACAUGAUGACUCCGCAUUACUGGAAAGAACGAAAGGCCAGGCAAGAGUGCAUGGCUUUUACCAAGAAGAUUCUUCAAGAGAAAAAGGAAGCUUAUCAAGGAAUUACCGCCGCGCCAUCGACGGACUCUGACCCCGAAGCGGACGAUUUCAAGAAGCCUCAAAUUUUCAUCGAUCAGCUUCUCUCAACAUCCGAGAUAAAUCGAUCGUUCACCGAUGAGGAAAUUUUCCACAACGUUUUCGUCAUCAUGGUUGCGGGCAACGACACAUCCGGACUGGCAACUGCCUAUGCGUGCCUUUUCCUCGGUAUGUACCCACACCUGCAGGAGAAAGUCUACGCCGAAGUGAUUGAGCACUUCCCCACCGGCGGGGAGGAAAUGACCGGCGAGUCGCUGAAGCAGCUCGAGUACACGGAGAUGUUCCUGAAGGAAGUGCUGCGUCACUGUCCGGUGGCGGCCAACAUUGCCCGCGAGUGCAUCAAGGAUAUCGACAUCGACGGGAUUCGCGUUCCGGCGGGAAAUUUGUUCAUUUUCACUUUUUGGAACAUGCACCGGCGGAAGGACAUCUGGGGACCGGAUGCGGACAAGUUUGAUCCGGACAAUUUUCUGCCGGAGCGGGUUCGGGCGAGAAACCCCAAUGCAUAUAUGCCUUUCAGCUCGGGGGCGAGAAAUUGCAUUGGUGGUCGAUACGCAAUGAUCAGCAUAAAGGUGAUGCUUGUAUACAUCCUAAGACGAUUCAGGUUACACACUGAUUUGAAACAUGAAGACAUGCGAUACAAAUUUGGAAUCACAUUGAGGCUAUCAACGAGUCAUUUGGUGAAAUUGGAACGUCAGCAACCAUCUAAGUCGCUUAUCACCAACGUCAGCGACCAGCUCAAAACAGAAAACGUAAAAAUGUUGCUCUAUCUAAUCCUCAUCACCGUUUUCCUAGCCUUUAUCUGGCUUUGCGAAACCCUACGCCGGAAAAACGCCUUCGCCAAAAACCUUCCGAUGGCACAACCGCUAAAAUCGUUUCUGGGCGUUGAUUACUCCAUUAUGGACAUGAGCGACGAGGAACGGUUUGAGAUCAUGAACGAUUGCUUUGCGCGGUUCGACCGUUUUUUUGUAUUUUACACCGGACCACUGCUGGUGCUGGGCGUUAGCCACCCGAAUCUGGUGCAGAAGCUGUUGUCCCAUCCGGACUGUUUAGAAAAGCCGUAUUUUUACGACUUCGUGAAGUUUGACCAAGGAAUUUUCUCGGCAAAAUAUAAGCUGUGGAAAGGUCAACGGAAGGCACUGAAUCCAACGUUCAAUCUUCGAAUAUUGCACAGUUUCAUGCCGAUUUUUGACGAAUGUAGUAAGAAACUAGUGCAGAAGCUGAAAACGUUGCCGAAUGGUGCUACGGUAAACAUGUUCCGGUAUACGUCGCACUGUGCACUGGAGAUGGUUUGCGGCACAACUCUGGGCAGCGAUGUUCUGGAACGAGAGGGAAAGGAUGAGUUUUUGCACUCGUUGGAAGAGGUAUUUGCAAUAAUAUCGAGACGGAUGCUAAGUGUACAUUUGUAUUCGGAUCUAAUCUACAUGAUGACUCCUGCAUAUUGGAGAGAAAUACAGGCACGGAAAAGUUUGAGAGACUUUGCUAUGAAGAUCCUACAAGAAAAGAAGGAAGCUGCUCGUAGUCGAAAAAUGGAUGGCACCGAUUUGGACUCUGAUCCCGAAACGGAAGAGUUCAAGAAACCGCAGAUCUUCAUCGAUCAACUGCUGACCAUUUCGGAGAACAGCCGCUCAUUCACGGACGAGGAAAUAUUCUGCAAUGUCCUAGUCAUCAUGGUUGCGGGAAAUGACACCUCAGGCCUAGCGGUCGCAUACGCAUGCCUCUUCCUGGCCAUGUUUCCGCACAUUCAGGAGCGAGUCUACGCGGAAAUCGUCGAACACUUCCCCAACGAGGAGAUGGAAAUCAACGCCGACUCCUUACGGCUCCUCGAAUACACCGAGCGGGUUCUGAAGGAAACACUGCGUCAUUGUCCGGUGGCGGCGAACAUUGCUCGCGAAAACAUCCGGGACAUCGAGCUGGAUGGCGUAACGAUUCCGGCUGGGACCAAGUUUACGGUUAGCUUUUGGGCGUUGCAUCGACGGGCGGACAUGUGGGGUCCGGAGGUGCAUGCCUUCGAUCCGGACCAUUUCCUGCCGGAACGGUGCCGAGAUCGGAACCCGAAUGCGUAUAUGCCGUUUAGUGCGGGGGCGAGGAGUUGCAUUGGGGGACGUUAUGCAAUGCUAAGUACGAAAGUGAUGCUGAUCCACAUAGUGAAGAACUUUAAAAUUACUACAAAACUGCGAUUCGAGGACAUGCGAUAUAAGUUUGGUAUAACGUUGAAAAUGUCCACAGAUCAAUUGGUUCAGUUGGAAAGGAGAUGAAAGGGUUGUCUUUGUAAGUAUUGUACAUAAUAAAUAAAAUAAAUCAAAAUAUUUUUUUUUUUUCAAUUUUAAAAUAUCAUUGCAAGGGCAUAAACGUCUAAGAAAUAAGAGCAUAUAAAGUCACCUAAUAAACCACCAUGCUAUAGCGUUAAUAAAUACAUGUGUUCUGAAGAGGCCUAUGUUUAUAUGGCCUAAGUUAUAUUCAAACUUGAAUGAUUAUAAAAAUGAUAAAUCAAUCCUUUUGUGUCAAUGUGGUGAGUCUCAAUCUGUAUUUAUUUAUAUAGAUUAACGAGCUACACACUGACUACC